AUGGGUUCUACCGAUUACCAAUUCGAGGGCUGGAUGGGCCUCGACAAGGAGGCUGCCAAUGGCAACAUGGUCUGGCAGAAGUUUGAGCCCAAGCCAUGGGAGGAGACCGACAUUGACAUGCGUGUUACCCACUGUGGUAUCUGUGGCUCGGACAUGCACACUCUGCGCAGUGGAUGGGGACCUACCACCUAUCCCUGCUGCGUCGGACACGAAAUUGUCGGUAUCGCCGUCCGCGUCGGCUCCAAGGCCGAGGGAAACAUCAAGGUCGGUGACCGCAUCGGUGUGGGUGCCCAGAGCGGUGCCUGCUUGAACAAGAAUGGCGACUGUGAGGCCUGCGCCUCAGGUCUGGAGCAGCACUGCAACAAGAUGGUGGGCACUUACAACGGCACCUACGCCAACGGAGGCAAGUCCUUCGGUGGAUACUCGCUAUACAACCGCAGCAACUCGCACUUUGUUGUCAAGAUCCCCGACGCUAUCUCCUCUGCAGACGCCGCUCCCAUGCUCUGCGGAGGUAUAACGACCUACUCCCCUCUGCGCCAACACGGCUGUGGACCGGGUAAGAAGGUCGGUAUUAUCGGUGUCGGUGGCCUGGGCCACUUCGGUAUUCUCUUCGCCAAGGCGCUCGGCGCCGACCGCGUUGUCGCCAUCUCUCGCAAGGGUAACAAGAGGGAGGAUGCAUUGAAGCUCGGCGCUGAUGCUUACAUCGCAACUGAUGAGGACGAGGACUGGGUCAACAAUAACCGCCAGUCAUUGGAUCUCAUUAUCUCCACCGUGUCUUCCUCCAAGAUGCCAAUUGUCGGCUACAGCCAGCUACUGCGCACUCGUGGAACGUUGGUUCAGCUUGGUGCACCUGAGGAUGGUGGACUUGAGAUUCCUGCCUUCGCGCUGGUUAUGCAGGGUAUUAAGCUUGGUGGUUCUUUGAUCGGUAGCCCUGAUGAGAUUCGGGAGAUGCUGGAGCUUGCUGCUACUGCGAAUAUCAAGCCUUGGGUUGAGGAGCGCCCGAUGAAGGAGGCUAACAAGGCUAUCCAGGAUAUGGAGGACGGCAAGGCUCGGUUCCGUUACGUGCUGGUGAAUGAGCAGUAA